GGGGACCCAGCCGGCGGCACAGUCGCGGCUUUUUUUUUUUUUAAAGUCAUCCUUACAAGGUUGCGGUGGUAGACGCACUACCACCCUACUGCCAAGGCAGCCUGGAUCAUAUCACAGAACCUCGAUAGGGCCAGAGAUCAGAGAAGAGAAGAGAAGUUUUUGUUCCACCACACACCUACUGGAAACCUCAACAGCCAGGUGACACCACACACCUACUGGAGUUCUCAACAGCUAGGUGACAACUACAGCCACUGCCUUGACCACACAGAUCAUCUAGAACUCUCCCAUUGACAGGCCCAGAGCUCCACUUGAAUCUUGGAUCUUGAACUUGAAAGCUCUCCAGUUGCAGGCCCAGAGCUCCAGCCUUGUACCCCAGAGACACCCUACCCUGGACCGGCGUGUCGCACGGCUUCUCGCACACAUGCGUUACACGCACGCACGCAGCGCCACACUAUAGCAUGUAAUGCAGUGAAUUGCAACGCGCCUUGGGUUACGCGCGAAGCACGAGCGCGGAAGGCGUUGAAGGAAGAAAAUUAUGUUGCGCCAGAUUCGCGUUGUGGAGCAGGAGGCGGAGUGGCAGCGUGCAGCGGCGCAGCUGACCACCACGGCGGCGCAGCAUUUCCACAAUAACCCGGUGGCUCUGGACCCCUGGCUCCAUCGCACCUCUGCGGCAGCCGGGCUGCAGAACCAGCCACGCACGCACCGCCGCCGCCGCCACUGCAACAGCCCCGCUCCAAAGGGCGCGGUGGCCCCGCCCAGCUCCCGCAGCAGAGGGCAGGGCGCCCCAGGCGCGGCCGCCACUGCAGACGUCACAACCGAUGUGCAGGGGCAUGAGUGGGCGCAGCUGGGCCACGACGCGCUUGGUGGCCGCCUCCUCGCCUACCUCCGUGACCAGGGCGCCACCGUACCGGACUGGGCCGUCUGCCGCGUGCCAGCCGGCCGUACCGCCGUCCUGGCACAGCUGCGCGACGAGUUCACUGGCUGGUGGCGCCUAUACUCAGCCCAGUCUGCAGACACGCCCCUGCCUUUCGACGUGACGGAGCAGCUGGAUGACGCCGCGCAGCAGGUGCAGACGGCCUACAUGGACUACGUGCUCCUAGACGCCCGCACCCUGCGGUCCGCUAAGCGUGGGCCGGCGGACCCCGGCGGGGCCAGCGGGGCCAGCCGCUGGCAACGCCAGCACCGCAGCCGCAGUACCUCCAGCCUCAUGAGCCUGGGCAGCGCUCCGUUGCACCCCGGCGGCGCCAGCUCAGGUGAUGGCGCUUGCACGCAAUGGGAGGCGGACAAGUUCUUCUUGCGGGAGGCCGCCACCAGCAUCCACCGUCGGCAUGCACGCCAGACCCGGGACGGGCUGCAUGGCGUGGUGCUGGCCGCAGACGCGGCCGCUGCCCUGGCCGACCGGCCGGGUGCCAGCGCCGCGCAGCGUCAGGCUGCGGCCAUGGCCAACUUGGCGGUGCGGGAGGAGCGGGCAGCUGCCGCAGCGGCCAGCCACAAUGCCCGCGCUGCACUGAUGGAGGAGCAUGGGGAGCGGAGCACUCGCUGGUUCCAUCGGCAGGCUGACGAGCCAGCAGCCGGCGCGCAGGAGCCCAUCACGCACUUGAAGGUGCCGGGGCAACCGGCGCCUGUGGCGCUCACGGGGCCGGGCACGCGCAACACUGUCUCCGCAGCCGCCGCAGCCAUGUACAGCAGCACCAGCCCCACCGGCCUGUUCCGCGUGCAGCCGGUCUGUACGGCGUCGCAGCAACAGCUUCUGGCGGCCAUUGACCGCAAGGUUCCGGCGGAUCUGCAGGCCGCCGCAGAGGGGUCCGGUGACGGCGCCCUCAGUGAUGCCGAGCUGAUGGCAGCGCUGGCUGGCUCCGCCAAUGGUAAAGCACCUGGGUCGGACGGGGUCCCGUACGAGGUGUACAAGGUUUUCUGGGCGCUGCUGGGUCCGCGUUUGUGUGCUGCUGCUGCCGCUGCCUUUGCUGCCGCUGCAGACGCCCACGAUGGCGGUGAAAUGGCGGCGGCGCUGCCCGCCUCCUGGCGGGAGGGCAUCAUCACCCUCAUCUACAAGGGCAAAAGCCUGGACCGCGCCGAGCUCGCGUCCUACCGGCCCAUCACGCUGCUCAACUGCGACUUCAAGAUGGUGUCCAAGGCCGUCAGCGCCCGCCUGCAGCCCGACCUGGAUGCAGUGGUGGAUGAGCUGCAGACCGCGUUCAUCACCGGCCGCUGGAAUUAUGGCAACAAAGUGCUCCAGCUUAGCGGCCUUGAGCUGUGCGCAGCGCGCCCGCCCCCCGCGGGCCUGAGGCCCACAUACCCUUCAACGCCUUCCGCGCUCGUGCUUCGCGCGUAACCCAAGGCGCGUUGCAAUUCACUGCAUUACAUGCUAUAGUGUGGCGCUGCGUGCGUGCAUGUAACGCGUGUGUGCGAGAAGCCGUGCGACACGCCGGUCCAGGGUAGGGUCCGGGGUACGCUGGGGUGCUAAGUGGUGUAGUCCUCCGCUCUGCUCUACGCUACUACGCUUCGAGGAGCCCCGGGGGGGGGGGGGGGUCGUCUAAAUGGUUAAGACACUCAAGCCGAUUUUGUUAAGGCUUCGAGAGAUCCUGGGUUCGAAUCCCGGUCACCCCACCAGGAAGGGCCCUGGUUUACCAAAACCCAUCCACACCUUGGUGGUGUGUAGACCCCCCCUGUGGUGCAGGGUGUCUCUGGGGUACAAGGCUGGAGCUCUGGGCCUGCAACUGGAGAGCUUUCAAGUUCAAGAUCCAAGAUUCAAGUGGAGCUCUGGGCCUGUCAAUGGGAGAGUUCUAGAUGAUCUGUGUGGUCAAGGCAGUGGCUGUAGUUGUCACCUAGCUGUUGAGAACUCCAGUAGGUGUGUGGUGUCACCUGGCUGUUGAGGUUUCCAGUAGGUGUGUGGUGGAACAAAAACUUCUCUUCUCUUCUCUGAUCUCUGGCCCUAUCGAGGUUCUGUGAUAUGAUCCAGGCUGCCUUGGCAGUAGGGUGGUAGUGCGUCUACCACCGCAACCUUGUAAGGAUGACUUUAA